UUAUACGAAAGUAUCCAACGAAUGCAGAUCGAAUAUUGAGUGAUUGUUUACGGCGAAAGAACGUGUGAUAAUGACUGAAAAUUUCUCAUUGUAAUGCAUAAGAGUCUGGGGAGAUUAUUGGUAGCAAAGAAGUGAAGUAAAGACUAUUUAAAACUUUUUCAGCGAAGAGAACAUGGAAAUACGCAUACAAGAGACCUUUGAAGCAGCAGUGUAUCGAAAAGAUAUUUUAUGAAAAAAUUUAUGUGUACGUGCUAAGACUGCAAAAAGAGCUAAAAAAUUUUAAACAAAACCAUUCUACAACUACAAAUUAGCGACAAACUGUGUACAAGUGCAUAAAGAAAAACUACGCAAACCCAAAGGUGGCGAACGGAGAAUCUUCAUAAUUUAAAGCAACGCAGUGUCUAAAUGCAUAGAACAAAAGAAAAAAGAACAGAUAAAACAUUAAAUAGCGCUAAAAAAUAAAUGAAUUGGUACAAAUAUUUGUAUGACUUGCAUUGUGCGGAAUUUAUAUUAAGGAAAAUCGUUAAAAAUAGAUAAUUUGAAAACUGGAAGCGUGAGAAACGGAUAUACCAAGCAAGAAAAAACUAAAAAAUUAAAAAAAAAAUAAAUAAAUGAAGAAUUGUCUAUCCAAACAGUAAUAUUAAAUGGAAAUAAUAAUAAAAAAACACAACAAAAAUUUACGAAUUUAAGCAGUAAAUAAAAAAAAAAACUAUACAAAAUUAAGAUAUGAAAAAAUCUAAACAAAUUCUUACUUAGCAAAGGACACAGUGGUAGAACUUGUGACGAAGACUACGGAAAUAAACUCGGCAGCACAAAAUAGAUGCCAGUGCGCUCUCGCUCUCAACAUUUCAAUCGCAUAGCAGAGCAAUAAGUACAAAAAGUCACAAGAAAUUAUAUUCAAAUACGUAAACUCAUACGAAUACUUCCAAAUUCUUGCAUCACUUUCUGACGCUGCGCGAAAGACGUCAUCGUACUAUCGCCUAUUUUCUCCAAGCUGCUGGAGCGCACAACUACGCUACGUACAUGUAAAAGAAAAAUAUUUAAAGACAAAAAAGGCAAAAAUCCGAAAAGAAAACGCGAAUAAAAGUGAGCUAGGCGUAGUGCCACAACAUUAAAGUGUGAAAAAGAGUGUGCAAACACGCGAAAACACUUUUCUGUAUCACUGAAAUUCUGUUCGCCAAGGCCUAGCAUCAACCAGUGCGCGCCACAUACACUACAUAUAGACAUUACAAAAAAAAAAAAAAAUCAUCAGUACAUAUAUAAUAUAUGUAAAAAAAAUUACAUAUAUAUUUUAUUGCUUGCCGAACACUUUGCUGUGCUUGCGAACUUUGCCGAACACUAAUUUGAGUGGCGCCGCGCACCCGCUGCCAUCUUCCGUUUGCCGGUUCGGCCUUGUUCAUCCGUUUCAAGUUGACAAAAUUUCCCGGCAUCCGCUAUCUGUUGGCAGCGCCAAACAAGCUUUUCCUUUGCAGCCAUCUUCGUUUGUGCGAUUCGUGUGUGUGCAUCAACACACAUACGCAUAUAUAUAGUGGGAAUUGGUCAUCGUUUGCGCCUUCGGCAACCUUCAAAGCAUCCGAAUAGACAACGGCAAUAUCAUCGGCAUCAUAGACGUCUACAGGCGCCAAAUUCUCGAUUCACAUCGAGCUAUAAUCGGACUUGUGGCCACGAUAGGCGAACAGUCUGCUGAAAUCCGUUGUUGUCGUCGUUCGCUCGUAGUUGAAAUUUGCGGCGAAAUAAUUUGUAAAAUUCGUUAUCCGUCCAUGCCAUGCGCGAUAAAAUCACACAACUAUUUUGCUUGCAAAAGAACGCAUGCAAAAAUAAUACAACAGAUAAUCGAGGACAUAAUGUGCCAAUUAAAGUCACGAGCAACGGGACAACGGGUGCCAAUGGGUCUUUUGGGGCAGAAGGGCCCGAAACAGAGACCGACUCAUCAGGGACCGGGGGGAUGCGGAAGUCGUUGGAGAGGAAGGGCUCAGCGCCGAACGACGCUGUUCACCUCCAGAGACGGGUGGGACUCUUCAGUGGGGUGGCUUUAAUUGUCGGGACCAUGAUAGGGUCUGGAAUAUUUGUGUCACCUUCAGGUCUACUAGUUCGUACUGGUUCCGUUGGUGUUAGCUUUAUUAUAUGGCUGGCCUGUGGUUUGCUCUCCUUGUUGGGCGCUCUGGCAUAUGCUGAAUUGGGUACGAUGAACACAUCGUCUGGCGCUGAGUGGGCAUAUUUUAUGGACGCAUUUGGUCCGGCUCCCGCAUUUUUAUUCUCAUGGGUAUCGACAUUGGUCCUGAAGCCAUCGCAAAUGGCUAUAAUUUGUCUCUCCUUUGCGCAGUAUGCAGUUGAGGCAUUCGUCACCGAAUGCGAUCCACCAACAUCGGUGGUAAAAAUGGUUGCACUGCUGGCAAUUGUUAUGAUACUGUUCGUGAAUUGUUAUAGUGUGAAUCUGGGCAUGGCUGUGCAGAAUAUAUUCACCGCUGCCAAAUUGGUUGCCGUCCUCAUAGUGAUCUGCGGCGGCGCCUGGAAACUAUUCCAAGGCAAUACACAACACCUGUCGAAUGCAUUUAGUGGCGACACACCCACCUUGGGCGCUGUAGCGACCGCUUUUUACACCGGCCUCUGGGCGUACGAUGGCUGGAAUAAUUUGAACUACGUCACCGAGGAAAUCAAAAAUCCGAGCAAGAAUUUACCACGCUCCAUCAUAAUCGGUAUACCGUUGGUGACGCUGUGCUACGCGCUCAUCAAUAUAUCUUACUUGGCGGCAAUGUCACCCACCGAAAUGAUUGACUCAGAAGCCGUCGCCGUGACCUUCGGCAAUCGCAUAUUGGGCGCUAUGGCCUGGCUUAUGCCGCUCAGCGUCACAGUGAGCACUUUUGGUAGCGCCAACGGUACACUCUUCGCGGCCGGACGUUUGUGUUUUGCCGCGAGCCGUGAGGGACAUUUAAUGGAUAUACUGUCGUACGUGCAUGUGCGUCGUCUAACACCGGCACCGGGAUUGAUUUUCCACUCACUCAUCGCUACCGCCAUGGUUUUGUACGGCACAAUCGGUUCAUUGAUUGACUUCUUCAGCUUCACCGCAUGGAUAUUCUAUGGCGGUGCUAUGUUGGCGCUGAUUGUGAUGCGUUUCACCAAACCCAACUAUCCAAGGCCAUACAAAGUGCCUAUCAUCAUUCCUGUUGUGGUGCUGGUGAUCUCCAUUUAUCUAGUGGUGGCGCCGAUUAUCGACACACCGCGUAUCGAAUACUUAUAUGCGUUGCUCUUCAUCUUGGGGGGCUUGAUAUUCUAUGUGCCUUUCGUUAAACUAGGCAUGACACCAAGAUUUAUGAACAAAGUGACGCUCUUCUUCCAGCUGCUGUUGGAAGUGGUGCCGACUUCAUCGAUGUUCGAAUAAGCAAUGGAAAACACAUUUCAUUAAUACCGGCU